AUAAUUUAUUCUUUACCGAAAUAUUCAAUUUCCUAGUUAAUUAUAUAAAAUAUUUUGUUAAUGUGUUAAAUGUUUGAAAAUAUGAGAUUACGAAUAGUAUUGAUACUAAUCGUUGAUAAUAAAUAAGAGUUAUUAUGUUAACGAUACAAUUUAUUAUUGCAUUUAUUAUCUGUGUUUAUUGUAACCUGUUUUUGUCAUCAAACUGUUUAUUAUAACCUGUUUAAUCAUCAGAAAUUUAAAAGGAAUUAAUAAUUUAUAACUUCUAAUGGCAGUAUGUUUCAAAUGUGCUGUUGGUACAUUGUAAAAAUUUUACAAAAUACAUGCAUAAAGAAAUACUUUUUGAUUUUACAACUGUAGAAAAUGUGGAUAAUUGGAGAGAAAUAUCUGACACUGUUAGAACAGUAGGAAAAUCAAAAGCUGUUUUAGCACUACAAACAACACAAGUUUUUCAACGAGCUAUAUUCUUUACUCUUUUAAAUCCACAACCAAAUGGUGCAGGAUUUGCAGGGAUACGUACAAUGACUAAUUUAAAUUUAUCCAAUUUUGAAAAUAUUGAAAUCAAUUGUCGAGGACAAGGCAACAAUAGUCACUAUAAAAUUGUUCUUAGACACAAAGGCCUUCAUUCAAAUGAAGAUAUAACAUAUGAACAAUUUUUUAUGGCACCAAUGUCAGAUAUUGACUUUUCAACUGUAACAUUGCCUUUGAUAAAUUUUAAACCAUAUUAUCGUGGACGAGAAGUACCUGAUGCAGAACCAUUAGACACUGCAAAGAUUACAAUGCUUGGUUUACAAGUGUUUGGUGGAGUUUAUUUACCAAAGAAACAAAAAGGUGUAUCAGCAUUGGAAGUAGAAAAUAUUUUAGCAUCAUAAUCCCUAUAUUAAUAAUGAUUGAAACUAAGUUUACUUUAAACUAAGUUAUU